GGAGGACAGAUGUGAGAGUGAAUGUGAGAGUAAGUGAUCAUGUUGUCACAAACUGUGCUCUCUACAGUAUUUAUGCUGUUACUGCAUACAUCCCUCGGUAACAAAACAUUCCAAGCAACAUUGCCAGAUGCUGACAAUGUCACUACGAUAGAGAAUGAGUCUACAGUGUUGCCGUAUAAUAUACAUGACAACGAAACAGUCGACGUGUGUAAGAGACCACAAACGAAGAUCAUAGGCGGCAUGAAGGCUAGCCAAGGGGAUUUCCCUUACCAGGUUUCAAUUCGUCACAGCGGCUGGCAAUUUAAGCACUUCUGCGGCGGUUCCAUCAUUGACGAACAGCACGUACUGACUGCAGCUCACUGUUUGUACAGUAUAAGCCCUUUGGACAUCAAGAUCAUAGCCGGAGAUGUUUUUCUGGACCGCUCCAGUUGUACAAGCGUCAAGCGGUCAGUUAGCGCCAUCUUCGUGCACGAGAAGUUCAACUUAACCACUUUACAAAACGACAUAGCUCUGAUACGGGUUAGUGAGCCCUUCCCCACGGACAGCAGCUUCAUUGAGGCUAUCACACUGAUGAACAGUACAGCUGAAGAAGGCACGCUGUGUAAUGUCACAGGGUGGGGGAUCAGCAGUAAUGUCAGCGCUGAGUUGCCAAACAACUUGCAGUUUGUGGAAAUUCCCUUAAUAUCAGCGGAAAACUGUAGUAACCGUGAGAACCGGUACCCAAUCCGAGAAGGCAUGAUUUGUGCAGGUUGUCAAGAGGGAGGCAAAGACGCCUGCCAGGGCGAUUCUGGAGGCCCCUUACAGUGCAACGGUCUCCUGGUCGGGGUCGUGUCAUGGGGCAUAGGAUGUGCGGCACCAGGCUUCCCUGGAGUGUACAGCGAGGUCGCCUAUUACGCCGAGUGGAUCAAUGACAUGAAGCUCAAAAAGAGUUCAUCAGCGGCAUUCAGCGGCUGUUCCUUCAAGCUCACGUUUCUCCUAUCGCUCACCAUUACUUCCCUAUACGCAGUUGUUCUUAACCUUCACAGGAUGUGGCACGGGGAGACGUCGGUAUAUACUGUUUUCCUAUUAGGAAUUUCUGUUGCUCAAGCACUUGAUGACACCAGUUCAGUGAUGCCAACAGCAGUAACUAGAGCCACACGCCCGAGGGAACCAAGAAUUGUUGGAGGAAAACCAGCAACGAUGGGGCAGUUUCCUUAUCAGGUGCUUCUUUACAUUAACACCGACGAUGGGCUGCAUCUGUGUGGCGGUACGAUUAUUGCAGAGCAGUAUGUGUUGACGGCAGCACACUGUGUGUCCGACGCGAAAGCUUCUGAUAUCGAAGUGUUGGCUGGGAACAUAAAUCGAAGUGUUUCGAGGAGACACUGGAUCCAGUCACGGGUAUCGCAAAUGUACGUUCACGAAUCCUACAUGCAACUACAAAAUUACAAUGACCUAGCUGUACUAAAGUUGGAACAAAGUUACGAUCUCGAUGGACUCUCGACUUCCUCGCUGAAACUAAGGAGCACUCCCGUUGCUUCGGGCACGCUCUGCACUGUUACUGGCUGGGGAAGUACAAAGGAGAAAGGAUCGAGUUCCAACAGUCUACAGUACGUAAAUGUGCCAAUUUUGGACGAGAGGAUCUGUUCGGAGGGCCUGUGGAGGCAGCUGUUCCAAGGGGAGAUCUGCGCGGGCUACACUUACGGUGGGAAAGAUGCGUGUCAGGGUGAUUCGGGAGGACCUCUGGUUUGUGAAGGAUAUCUGACAGGAGUCGUAUCCUGGGGAGAAGGAUGCGCUAGAGUAAACAGACCCGGUGUUUAUGCUAACGUUACUUGGUUCAAAGCAUGGAUCGAAGAAUUGGCUGGUUUUGACGACGAGGCUUCAGUAACAACUGACUCGACUUCCGAAGAACAGUCUGUAACAAGUUUAAAUUCAGAAGAAUUCGACACUUCAACAACAAGCGGAACGGAUAAAAUAAAAUCAUUAAGCUUUGCAUCGAGUGCUGUGAUAAUUUUUGCUUACCUAUUUAAGUGAACAUAUACUAUUUCUAUAUAAAGUAAAAUCAUUAUGGUGCUGAGUGAGACAAAUGCGCAUGCGCUGGUUUGUGGUGCUACCAAUUCUGCCGGUAGGUGGAUAUGCCAUUAACAAUUCUUCUGUCAUCUGUCGUCAUAUUCAUUAAAAUUUCUCAUAUUAAUCAGCUUCCUGAAACUUGAAUUCUCUGUUUUAUUGAUUUGGUGUUGAGACUGGACUUGUGAGUAAGAGAAACUGAGAUUUUCAGACUCCAUAUGAUCAAUAAAU